CUUUGGAUAAGUCACGUUACCACUCCCAGUUGUUUUUUGUCUGUUGUGUUUCUUGUGUUAGUGAAUGUGAAAAUGAAAAAAAGAUGAAUAGUGUGCUCAUAUUACUCCUCUGCUGCCACGUUGCAUCUCCAGUAAAACACUCCUUGAAAUAUUUCUUCACUGAAAGCCCAGGAGCUCAGAGCAUCCCAGAGUUUGUAGCUGUUGCAAUUGUUGAUGACGUUCAGAUAGGUGACUCCAACAGUGUAAGAGAAGCAACACCAAAGAAAGACUGGAUUAAAUUCUUUGAGGAUCAUCCGCAGCACCUGCAGUGGUAUAGUUUACAAUCUCAUGACAGUCAUCACUUCUUUAAGGCUACCAUUGAGACUUUGAGGCAACGUUUGAACCAAACUGAAGGUGUUCAUAUUUUGCAAAGGAUGAAGGGCUGUGAAUGGGAUGAUGAGACUGGAGAGAUUAAUGGAUAUGAUCAGUAUGGUUAUGAUAGAGAAGAUUUUCUAGCGUAUGACCUAAAGACACUGACAUGGAUCGCUCCUAAACCACACGCUGUCCUCACCAAAAUGAGAUUUGAUGCUCAUGAACAUCAAUUUGAAUCAAAUAAAAACUUUUUAGUUUAUCAGUGCCCUGACUUUUUAAAGGAGUAUUUGCGAUAUGGGAAGAGGUUUCUGCAGACAGCAGUCCUUCCCAAAGUGUCUCUACUCCAAAAGACUCCCUCCUCUCCAGUCAGCUGCCACGCUACAGGUUUCUAUCCUGACAGAGCCGUGAUGUUCUGGAGGAAAGACGGAGUGCAGCUUCAUGAAGGUGUGGAUCCUGGAGAGAUCCUUCCCAACAAUGAUGGAACCUUCCAGAUGAGUAUUGAUCUGAAUGUAUCAUCAGUCACACCUGAAGACUGGCAGAGGUACGACUGUGUGUUUCAGCUCGCUGGUGUGAACGAGCACAUUAUCACCAAACUGGACAAAACAGCGAUCAGGACCAACUGGGCAGAGAAGCCAGCUGACAUGGUGACCUUCAUCAGUGCUGCAGUGGUUCUUCUAACUGUCACCAUCAUCACAGCUGUGGCAUUUGUAGCUUACAAAAAGAAGAAAGCUCCUGACGAUGGCUCUGAGCAGUCUGAGAGACUAAAUCCACAAAGUUGACUGUCCUGCAAAGAGUUCUUCACUUCACUGUCUGUGUGACUUUCCUCCAGCUGCUUCAGUUUAUUCCAAAGUUCAAAGACAUGUUAAAAACACCAAUCAAUAAAUAAAGAACGGAUAAUGAUCACUGUGAACAGGCUGCUAUACUUGCUGUAGAUUGGUGCAUGGUCAUAUAUUUGUAUUUAGCUGCUGUGUGUACGUGUUUCAUGCAAUUAUGAUUUUAUUGUGCUUCAGUAUUUAAUCUCUGCAUUGAUGCAGUGAUUUCACAAGUCUGCUAAAAAGCAAAAGUAAAUGUUAUACCUUUAUUGAUAGUUAUGCAUCUGACGAUGACAGUUUUUUAGACCGAAGUGUGUGAUUUCACUGAGACGUUGGCAGCGUACAAAGCAUGUGGUAUUUUCCAAAUAACAACAAAACAUCUGAAGGAUUACAGCAACAAACCAUCAUUUGAAAAUGAAAUGUUCUCAGUUUAUUAUUUUAUUCUUCUGUGAAAAUGACUAACUCGGGAUUUCCUGCAUUUGAUCUGUGAGGUCACAUGAUCCUGAUCUUUGACCACCUUUGGCUACAUCCUAAUUCAAACAAGGAAAACUGUUGAUCCCACUAUAACUUCCUCACUGUGUUUUUUCUCAUGUAUUUAAACAAACAAACAAACUGAUUAAAUAACUUGAUGUUUGAACAUUA